AUGCAAGGGCAAAGGAGCACUGUGGAAUCGCUUCCUGAGGCAUUUGAGUUUGAUCAUUCUCCUGGUUCUAGCACCUCUGCCAUUGAACAACAAAUUUACUGGACUAACGUACUCAAUCCUACUGAUGUCCAAACAUUGCCAGGUUACUUGAUAUCACCUAGUGAGGCAAACAUGCCAUAUGACAGUGAGGUUAACCAUGAAAUAGAGGGUUUGAAUGGCUGGAACUCGGGGGGAUCUAGCGCUAGUGACCAUAAUGCAACGAAUGAAAAUGGUCAUGAAGAAUCCAAAAUGGAAAGUGGAUGCAUGUUUUCAUCGGCAGCUGGUGCCAGAGGUGGUCUGAGGUUGGAGGAAAGGAGACUGGAUACUGCUCGUGUGCUCUCUCUGGAUGUUGGUAUCAACCUCAACAGGACUCACGUUGCAGAGGAUCAAGUAUUUCUGCAAAAUUCCAGUUCUGAUGCUGCUGCACUGAACAUUGGUUGCGAUGCAAGUUCAGCAGGUGGUGGUGGACUGGUUUCACAAACUGGCAUUUGUCCUCUUUACAAUCCCUAUAUACCACAAGCAGAGCAGGUUACUUCUACCAGUGGCUCUUCUAAUCCCUGUGGAACUUCUUGCAGAGUUGCUGGCAACUUGUGUGAGAGUUCUGGUGGUAGACUUGGAAGUUCCUUGGAGGGUCGGCGCUUAUCUGGCAAGAGAAAGAGUAUGGAGGGAGAUUCCGGUCAGUCAUCAGGUAGUGGAAGCCAUGUUUGCUUUCAGCAGACAGAGAAUGGCUUGUUGCACAAUGUUUCAGCAAGAAAUGUAUCUUCUAGCGGUUUAAAUGUAUCCACUACUCUAGAGAACCUUACCGGUGUCAAUGCGCAUGAAGAACAUUUGAGCUCAAGAUACAAUGCUGCUGGAACAAGAGGGGAACCAUCUGAAUGCCGUUCAUCUAUUAACGUAGAAGAGAAUGCCGAGAGUUCUCAUAGAAAUUUCCGAAUGAGUAUAAACCCUAGCCUUGCACACCAAGCUGAUGCAUCUGCCCCUGAUUGGCAGCCUUCGCUGAAUUCUAGUAGGCAACCCACCAUUUGGUCACCCCAUCAAUCAUCUUCACUCAUACCAGGUAAUCAAUCUCUGGAAGCCAGGUUAACAACGCCAAGUACAAAUUCCCAAGGUCAACCUCAACAACUAUCAGUUCAUGGUUUUCCGAGAUUAGUGCUUCCAUUAACAAGGAAUGGGAUACCUGGUUCAAGAAUCGGCAGCUCUUCGAAUUCCCUGCCAAUUUCAGCUGAGAGGCCAGCCAUUUCAAGAGAGGAAUCAAAUUCUCGGGGUACAAGGAGGAAUAAUACUUCUGAACACCCAAUGUUUGGCUCUACAACUGAGCCAAGAGUUGUUGCGCAACUCCCUGUUGAUUGGAGUCUGGCCAGUACCAACCUUAACAUCUCUGGAACUUUACCUUCUUCUUCACAUGUUGGCUCUAGCUCUGGAGCCCAUCCGUCAAUUACUCCAAGGGUACAUUAUCAAAAUCUACCUGCUCAGCACCCACGGUCUCUGUCAGAAUUUGUCCCUCGGGCCUUUCCUACUGCUGAAUCUGAUCCUGGUGUUCAGCUCAAUAAUAUGCUUCCGCAACGUUCGGUUCAUCCAAAUUCUCCUGAAAUCGCUCCACUACCUGGAGUUGGCCUUCGUUCUCAUCCACAUCCACUCCUGAGAUCGGCAUUUCUGAUGGACAGGCGAAGUGGUGUUAUGGGUGCUCCAUUAGCCUUGCGAACCUUAGCUGCUUCUCGAGAAGGAAGAAGCAGAAUGAUAUCCGAGGUUUGUUCAGUGAUUGGUCAUCCAAAAUUCACUUCAUCGUACUGUCAUUAUGGUUUAAAUAUCGGUAGAUUCAUGCAUUCAUGACUGGUGAGAUUUCUGUGAUUAUCAUCAUCCUUUUUUCAUUAUUGCUGAGGAACCGCAUCUCUGUAUUUAUUAAUAAAAGUGGUCUGCCAACUGAGCAUGCAUUUGGUUCAAGAGAGGGCAAUAUAUGGUAUGAGGAUGUGGAAUGAAGAUCUUAUUGACAAGAAAAUUAGCUUGUGCGAGAAAUAAGAAGGUUGGAGUGAAGAACUGAUUAAGUCUGUCAUAACUGCUGGAACUUUCAUGGGAAAGUUUCUUGGGGUGACUUGCUUCUGCUUAAUCUGAAAUUUCUAACUUCCUUUUUUCUUGGGGGGGGGGGAGGGGGAGGUGGUGAUUAUAAACCAUGCCAUUGCCCAUGAUUUCAAGAAGCUUUGGAUGGUUUCAUUGUCCUCUAAGAUAAUAGAUGAAAUGCUGAUGAGUGAAGCUGGGAUGCUAAGUUACCAUGCCAAGUUGCACAUUGAGAUGCUUGCCACGUCACUUUUGCAAACCUUGCCCUUGUUCCGUUCGCAGUUCAAUGAGCAGUGUUCUUGUUUUGAUGGUUCGCAUGCUACUGUUCCUAUGGGGGAUCCUUUAUUUUCCUUGUGCUGUGAAAAUAAUAUGCCCUUGACUUUAUUCAUAUCAUGGUGCUUUCUAUCUUAUUCUUAUCUUUAAAAAUCUUUGGGAAGAAAACUUAAAAAGUCAUUCAUCAUAGGUUUUACUAAAUCAAUCUAGGGUCUUCAUAGGAUGUAGAUAACUCUAGUAACAAGUUAUGAACUUUGUUCUGCAGCUAGCUGCUCUUGCUUCAAGCAACGUUUAUAAUUUAGUUGAAAACGUUUUGACUGUAGAAGUAAUUCUGGUUGGUUGUAUGAAACCCUGAAAGAGACAAGAAAUCAGGGCGUAUAGUUUGGGUCUUUCCCCAUGUUAGUUUCAAGUCACUACCACCAUUUUGGAAGGAGCUUUUUGCAGGAAACCGAGGUCCAAGACGUGGGCUACCUUUCUGAUUUUUGCCGAAUAUUUUCUCAAUAGAAGUUAGAGAAAUACAGUUAGUGAAAAAAAUGUAAUUCCCUUAUCAGUCUAGGGAUGUCCAAAAUAAUAUAAUAUAUAUUAUAACAGUAAUGAUACAAUUUUUUGAGGUGGGAUUUUUGCAUACAUUUUAAAGCUACGAAGUUCUAAGUACAGCAAUUGAUUGUUGUCGAUCAAUGGCUUGAUCUUAAGGUGGGAUGAUCAAUGGAUUGUUCCAUAUUUUGGCUUCGUGAUCCUUGGCACUUUCCAGUAUCUAUUAAUUAUCUUUUACAGGCCUAAUUUAAAUGAGACAUGGUGAUGGAGGGAUAUUUAUUUUUGCAGUACGAGCUCAGAAAAUUUCUGACUGAAAGGAGACAAUGAAGCUCUAUAGCUUGAAGGCUCAGAUCUGCCUAUCUUAGACAGCUAGCUCGGAUAUGCUUUUUGUAGCAGUGUUAGUUCUUGAUAUGGGCAAGAUGCUUACAUGGAUGUCUCGGUUGCACCUCAAACAUUACUCUUACUUUAUAUGAUCGCCAGAUAAUCAUGUCUACGAUGUCUAUGAAAAUAUAUUUGAAUGAUUCAUACUUUCCAUAUGCUUAGUUCAAGAAGAUCCUACAGGGAAUAUACGCAUAAAAUGUUGAGCAGUCGUCAAUAUUUCCAUGUUUCUCUUUGGGAUAUGCCCUUCUCUUUGGCCAUCUAUUUUCUCCGUAUCUGUGCUAAAAAUGACGUAACCGGGAAUGGGGAAGAAAUCUAAUAAAAGUUUGGAGGAGGAAUAGGACUAAAGCUUCAUAUAACAACGUUGAAUGAACUGAUAUAAUUAAUUUCUUGAUAUCGUUGUCAGUUAUGGUUUGCCAUCUGUUUACUUUCUCAUAGAAGUCAAACCCACAAUACCUUACCUGCUUUUUCUCUGUGCAGCACAUUCGCAAUGCCCUUGAUCUGAUGCGUCGUGGCGAGAACAUAAGAUUCGAGGUGUGUUCUGAAGCAGAUGAUUUUGAUCCCGAUUUUGGUUCGACUGCUUCGAAUCUCUCGUGUAGGACUGAAACCAAGAUUUGGGUUGACUUUCCCUGAUUUUGAUUCCUAGAUCUGCUUGUUUUGUUACUUUUUGAGCCACAAAUUAAUUGUCCUUGUUUCAAUCGCCCCGGGCGUCCUAGAGUUGAUCGGCUUUAACGAGUUGACUUUUGCUCAUGCUAACUGGGCAGGAUGUUUUGAUUCUUGACCAGUCUGCAUUCUACGGGCUCGCUGAUCUGCACGACAGGCACAGAGACAUGCGGCUUGACGUGGACAACAUGUCCUAUGAGGUAAACACUGGCGGCACGGCCCAGCCAUCUGGUUUCCUCUUACUGGGCACUGACGAGGGUAGCUGUUGUCUUGUGUCAGGAGCUGCUUGCAUUAGAGGAGCGCAUUGGGAACGUGAACACUGGGCUGAGUGAGGAGACGAUUCUGAAGCACUUGAAGCAUAGGAGGCACCUUCCUCUUAUGGUUAAAUCCCCUGAUGAUGCCACCCUCGAACCCUGCUGCAUAUGCCAGGUAAAAAAAUAGAAAAGAAAAGAAAAAAAAAAGGAGAAAUCUUUUUUCUGGGGAGAUCAUUGUUCUGGGGUUGGUAUCCUGAAAAUCCAAGAAUAUAUAUAAUUGAUAAUGCACCCAAAGUCCCCUCGAGCUGGUCGAUUUUGGGAUGCAUUGGGUGAGUUGCCCCUGAUCGAGGUCGAAUCAUCCAGUUCUAGACUGAAUCCGCUCCCCCAUUCACUGACGGCAGAUUAAUUCUCUGGGUCUUUUAUGCUUAUUGGGUUGACUUCUUGCUUUCUGAGAAUAUAAAUACUUUUUAUCACACACAAAAUCCACCUGGGCUGGUCUAUUUUGGGUUUGAAUGGAUUGGGGGGAUCUGAUUUGGGUCAUCCAGUUCUAGGCCGAGCCAUUCCCCAAUUGGUUCUUUCUUCACUGAACGUGCACUCUUUCAACUUUCUGCAGGAGAAUUACGUGGAUGAUGAGGAGAUCGGGACGCUGGACUGUGGGCAUGACUUCCAUGCAGCCUGCAUCAAGCAGUGGCUGAGCCACAAGAACCUCUGCCCAAUUUGUAAGAUGACCGCAUUGGUUACAUAA